UGUAUUUCUGUACUUUUUUUUAUUUUUCUUUCUUUUUUCAUUUAACGCAUCUGAAUUUAUACUUAUUUCAUUUUGAGUGUAAAAAGUGUAACAUAAUGCAUUUGGAAGGAAUGAACCUACAACCUACAACAUUGGCCCAAAAAUGAUUUUUUUACUAAUUGGGUGACUGUUAAUCAGUUGUAAUUCGUCGUUUAUAAAUACUUGUGUCUCUUGUGUCUAUAUACGAAAAUUAAUCAUUCAGUGCAAUAAUAAUGUUAUGAAGGAGAUCAUAACGCGUGUUCAAAAAAAAAAAAAAAACACGCAAUUAUGACAUUGAAAUGAUAAGAUAAACUUCAAUAAAAUCAUAAGAUGAUAAUACAAGUAUGACUAUAUUGUGAGCAGUAGAGUUGUAACUCUUCAAGAUGGAACUAAAAUGUGCAGUUCAAAUGUACAAUUGGGGGAAAAAUGGUAUGGACAGUAUGGUUGCAACUUUAAUGAAAUCAGCUAAUGCUGAUUUUGUAGUAGACGAGCAAAAGAAUUAUGCAGAAUUAUGGAUGGGUACUCACGAGAAUGGUCCAUCAUAUCUCAAGGAUGCAGAUGUCUCUUUGCAGAAAUAUAUUCAAGAGAAUAUCGAGGUGUUAGGUAGUGAUACAGUACAAACAUUUGGCUCUAAUUUGCCCUUUCUCUUUAAGGUCUUGUCUAUAAAUAAAGCUUUGUCUAUUCAAGUGCAUCCAAAUAAGGAAAAGGCGAAAGAAUUGCACAAAUUGUAUCCAAAUAUCUAUAGGGAUCCAAAUCACAAACCAGAAUUAGCGAUAGCUUUGACUCCUUUUGAAGCACUCUGCGGAUUCCGUCCAAUCAAUGAAAUAAAAGAUUAUUUGAAUAAUAUACCGGAGUUGGUUGCUGUGAUAGGAGAAGCCAAUGUUAGUUUGUUACUUCGAGCAGCUGAUUCUAUGGUCAGUGAUGUUUUGCAACAGUGUUUUCGCAGUCUUAUGACUUGUGAUUCUAAUGAAGUAACACGACAGCUGAAAAACUUGAUAAACAGAUUACAUGAUAUAGAUGAUUCUUACAAGCAGUGGAUUAAAGCUGAUCUGUUAAAACGUCUGCAUAUGGACUAUCCUGGAGAUGUAGGCUGUUUCACGAUAUACUUGUUUAAUUACAUGAUGUUGCAGCCAGGUGAAGCGAUAUACAUUGGACCAAACAUACCUCAUGCGUAUCUUUCUGGCGAUUGCAUAGAGUGUAUGGCAUGUUCAGACAACGUAAUAAGAGCUGGUCUGACACCAAAACUGAAAGAUGUGCCAACUUUAAUACAAAUAUUGUCAUUUGAAUGUGAAUCUCUUUCUGCCAAAAAGAUUCAACCAUCUCGGGAAGACUUAUUUACCGAAGUUUUUCGUCCGCCAAUGCCAGAAUUUGCAGUUGCUAAAAUCACUCUACCGCCUGGACGACCUUCCUAUAACUUAAAACCAAGGAGCUCUGCUAGUAUUCUAUUGAUAGUGGAUGGUAAAGCAGGAAUAUCUUCCAAAAUCUUUUCUCGUGGCUCUGUUCUAUUUAUCCCUGCCAAUGAUGAAGUGGAAAUUAAAGUUUUAUGCGGCUGUCAUCCCAUGCUAAUGUUUCAAGCAUUUCCAAACAUUUAAGAAUGCCAAAAUCGACCAACAAACUUCUAUAAAAUUUGCGAGAUAUGAUUAAUCUUUAACAUUGAAACAAUUGGUAUGUCUUACACAAUUUUUGGCCUGCACAGGGAUAUCGAUUUUUCUAACCAUCACAAAUGUACAAUCUUUUUUUUCCAAAAACCAUAAAUCUUAAAAUAAUUGUGGAUUUAUAUUAUUUAGAAGCGUUUAUAUUGAA